AUGAGCACCAAUAGCAGUGAUGGAGGCACCGACUUCGUUCUUUACCGCUAUAACCCUUCAAUUCCGGCAGCAGUUGUUUUUAUAGCGGUUUUCCUGAUUGCUACAAUUCUGCACUGUAUCCAGCUAUGGCGAUAUCGUACUUAUUUCUUCGUUCCCUUCAUCAUUGGUCUACUCUUUGAAUGCGCUGGCUACACCGCUCGAAUCUUUUCACACUUCGACAACGAAGCCCUCGGUCCAUACAUUGUUCAGACCAUGCUGAUCUUGGUCGCGCCGCCACUUUUCGCUGCCUCUAUCUACAUGACUCUAGGUAGAGUCAUUGUUGCACUCAACUGUCACGAACUCUCGAUCGUACCGGUUCGAUACCUUACAAAAAUAUUUGUGGUCGGAGACGUGAUCUCGUUUCUUCUCCAGUGUGCAGGUGGUGGCUAUAUGUCCGCUGGAACAGCUUCCGCCACGAAUAUCGGUGCAAAUAUCGUCAUUGGAGGUCUUGCUAUCCAGCUUCUUUUCUUUGGGUUCUUCGUUAUCGUAUCCGCUGUUUUCCACUGGCGGGUUAGAAGAAACUCGCCAAAUAUUUCGGAUUCCUCGGAGCGAAGCAAGAAGUGGGAACCCAUAAUGUGGGCUCUCUACUUCGAUCCAUCUUCCGCGUGGCCGAAUUUGUCGAGAGGAAAUGAUGGCUUUAUCAUGAGAAGAGAAUACCUCUUGUACAUCUUCGAUGCUUGUCUCAUGGCUUUGAGUGGAAUUGUGCUGGUCGUCAUAUACCCUGGUUCAUAUAUUAGUCACAACGGGAGCAAGCGGGAUAGCGAACUCCAGCUUAUGUCUAUAUAG